AAAGAAAAGCUUUAUUAGAAGGGAAAGUACAUGGAAGCAGGCCUGAGUAAGAGAAGCGUGGCUCAAAAGCAAAAUAUAAAAUUACAGUUUAAAAAGCUAACUCAACUUGAGUAUGACAGUGACUUUAAAGAUACAACACCAAAGCCUUGAUCCAUGAAAGAAAUAACUGAUAAGCUAUACUUCACUAAAAUUAAAAGACUUGUGCUCUGAAAAAAGACAAUGUCAAGAGAAUGAAAAGACAAGCCAAAAGCUGGAAGAAAAUAUAUGCAAAAGAUACAUCCGAUAAAGGACUAUUAUCAAAAUAUACAAAGAACACUUAAAACUCAGCAAGAGGAAUCCAUCUCACCUGUAUUGGAAGGAGCUUCAGGAUGGUUCAGGCUAAGAGAUGGACCCUGAAGAAGCAAUUCGAAGGCAACCCUAAAGAUAGUAACUUUGAGCUGAAGACAGCUGAACUCCCACCCUUAAAAACUGGAGAGGUUCUGCUAGAAGCUUUGUUCCUCACUGUGGAUCCUUACAUGAGAGUGAGCCAAACGAUGAAGGAGGGUGAUACACUUUUGGGGCAUCAAGUGGCCAGAGUGGUGGAAAGUAAAAACUCGGCUUUCCCAACAGGAACUAUUGUACUGGCCUUUUCGGGCUGGACAACACACUCUAUUUCUGAUGGAAAAAAACUGGAAAGGCUGCCUGAAGAGUGGCCAGACACAUUACCACUCUCUCUGGCACUGGGAACCAUUGGCAUGCCAGGCCUAACAGCCUAUUUUGGCCUAUUCGACAUCUGUGGUGUAAAGGGUGGCGAAACAGUGAUGGUUAAUGCAGCAGCAGGAGCAGUGGGCUCUACUGUGGGGCAGCUAGCUAAGCUCAAGGGCUGCAAAGUAGUCGGAGCAGCAGGGUCUGACGAAAAGGUUGCUUACAUGAAAAAGCUUGGAUAUGAUGUUGCCUUUAACUACAAGACAGUAGAGUCUCUGGGAGAAACUUUGAAAAAAGCUUCUCCUGAUGGUUAUGAUUGUUAUUUCGAUAAUGUAGGUGGAGAAUUUUCAAACGUUGUCAUCUCCCAGAUGAAGAAAUUCGGAAGAGUUGCUAUAUGUGGGGCCAUCUCUACAUAUAACAGUACUUGCCCACUUCUUCCAGGCCCAUCUCCUUUGGUUAUUAUCUAUCAGGAAAUCCGCAUGGAAGGGUUCAUCGUCUCCCGCUGGCAAGGAGAUGUCCGCCAGAAGGCUCUGAACGACUUGCUGAAAUGGGUCUCAGAGGGCAAAAUCCAGUACCAUGAACAUGUCACUGAAGGAUUUGAGAACAUGCCAGCUGCAUUUAUGGGAAUGCUGAAAGGAGAUAAUGUGGGGAAAACAAUCGUGAAAGUGUGAAAAAAGUGACAUAUGGAAUCUAGAAAUCAUUUUAAUAAUUACUUAAUUUCUUUUUAAUCAUUUAGUAAAGGUGCAUACUGCCUUCAUUAUCUAAAAAAUCAGUGAUUGUAAUGAGUCUGAUCUACCUAAUAAAGUUCAUUUAAAUUGUAUGUAAUUGGCAACAGAGAAUGAAAAUUUCAUAGUGAACAACAGCCAGUCACCUUACUACAGUUCCUUCUGAGUUAUGAUUAAAAAAAUAAAUAAAUAAAAAUGACCUUGGAGUGCAAAAGUUAA